CAUUAGUGCUCUUAUAUGCUUUAACCAACCACCGCCCUGCACAAAGGUACUAACGGAGCAAGAUUUGGCCCGCGGAGACCGGCCAGGAUCUCUUCCAUUCGGCUAGUCUCAGAAGUUUCUGGGCAGGGCUCACCGCUCUCGAAGGCUCGCGCCAUGAUUGGCUGAAGGAGCACUUCCUCAAGCACUUCCGACUCCCGGCCGGCCCAGAGCAUCAGUAAUUGGCUGGGCUGACUCAGCGCGAGUCUCUCCGGGAGUUGUAGUUCUUGCGGGCUCUGCUGGGGACGCCGGGAAGGGCCAGUUACUGCGGGGGCCAGGAGCGGCAGUUGGGCUUGGUCAAGGCAGCUGAAACUAUGUCCCGCGUGUCGGUGCCCUGCCAUGUGAAAGGCACCGUGGCCCUGCAGGUGGGCGACGUGCGAACCUCCCAAGGCCGGCCUGGUGUGCUGGUCAUCGAUGUCACCUUCCCCAGCGUCGCGCCCUUCGAGUUACAGGAGAUCAUGUUUAAGAAUUACUACACAGCCUUUCUGAGCAUCCGUGUUCGCCAGCACACCUCAACGCUCACCCCACCCAAAUGGGUGACCUGCCUGCGGGACUACUGCCUCAUGCCAGACCCACACAGUGAGGAGGGAGCCCAGGAGUAUAUAUCAUUGUUUAAGCACCAGAUGCUGUGUGACAUGGCCAGAGUACUGGAGCUGCGCCUGAUUCUUCGACAGCCAUCACCACUGUGGGUGUCUUUCACAGUGGAGGAACUGCAGAUUUACCAGCAGGGACCAAAGAGCCCCUCCAUGACCUUCCCCAAGUGGCUCUCCCACCCAGUGCCUUGUGAGCAGCCUACUCCCCUCAUUGAGGGUCUCCCAGACCCCAGCAGGGUAUCCUCCGAGGUGCAGCAGAUGUGGGCGUUGACAGAGAUGAUCCGGGCCAGUCACACCUCCACAAGGAUCGGCCGCUUUGAUGUGGAUGGCUGUUACGACCUGAACUUGCUCUCCUACACUUGAACCGUGGCUAUUAGCCAAGACGUUGGCCUUCCGUGCCCACCCAGACCCAGUUUGGGCCACCAGAGGCUGAAGUGAUUUCUCUGUGCAUUCCGAGUGUUGCCUGCAUGUCCACUGGGUCUGGGCCAUGUUCACAGAUUCAAGAUUCCUGGGGGCUCACUGUGUUGCUUCAGCAUGAGCUCUUGGCAGAGGUGUACCCUGUCCUUAUCCGACUGCAACCCGAAACUCCUUUUACUACCCUAAAAACACUUCAGUUCUACUUACUAAGAUUCUCCUUGUGUCCUCUGCUCCUCCGGCCAACAUGCACACUCCAGUCUCCUGCCUGCUGCUUCACCCUGAGUGCACUGGGUUGGGGUGAUCUACUAAGCGUGCUGUCACUAUUGCUGGAAGGCUGCUACAGCCUUUACACUCACUUUGCAAACGAGGGAAAAAACAGGAGCCCAUUUCUUCUUUCUGCGCCCUCUAGUGGUCUUCUUUCCCUUUGUGUUAUGCCCCUAAGAAGAAAUUUCUGGUCUUCACUCCUGCCCACCUAGGGAGCAAAGCUGGAGAUUUGGGCAGCCUGAACCCCUUGGUCUCUGAGCUGGCUCCUCGAUGUGUGUCCAAAUGGGUCUGCCUAUCCAAGCUGGGCAGAUGCCUCCGGCAAGGCUGAAGUCUGAGAAUGAGUUCUGUGACCUUUGUGCCCAAAGCACAUCCUUGUCCAUUCUCCCAGCUACCCCCUUCCAGGAAUCAUUCUCUAUGAUAAAAGAGAGGUGUGGGUCCAGG